UAAGUGACAAAAUCUCACUGUGUCACCCCAGGCUGUUGUGUGGGGAUGAAAUCAUAGGUAAAACAAUCUUAAUGCCCUCACCUAACUGGCUAAAACUAAAAAGUCUCAUAUUCACCAAAGGUUUGCAAAAGUGAAGAGCACUGAGCACCCUCAUACACAGCUAUCCUGUGUGUAAAUUGAUAAAAACUGUUGAAAAACAAUCAUGCAUGGUAAAGUUUGAAUUCACAUACAGUUGUCCCUUGAUAUUCUGCAGGUGGAUGGGGUUUGGUCCUUAGUAACCUCUGAGGAUUCUGAGGAGUUUCAAGUCCAUAUAUAAAAUGGCUUGGUAUGCGCAUGUAACCUAUACAUAUCUUCCAAUAUACUUUAAGUCAUCUCUAGAUAACUUACAUUAUGAUGAAAAUGCUAUGUAAAUAAUUGUUUACCAUAUUAUGUUCUAUUUAUUUUUAUUAUUAUUUUUUAAUAAUUUCUACUCACAGUUGGCUGAAUUCACUGAUGCUGAAGCCAGAGGUUACAGUGGGCUGCCUGUAUUUUAUGGCAAGGGAUCCAUUCAUACCUAAGAGGACACAUGAGCUCCAGUAUACAUGUCCAUGCGUGUUCUGAGCAACACUGUAAGAGGCCAAAAGUGGAAACAACCCAAGUGCCCAUCAACAGCACAAACAUUUAUACCAUUGAAUGCCUUAUGGCAAGGUAACAGGAUCAAGUACAGCUACACGGAACACAUAGAUGAGGGAAAUAAAACACAAAAUACAUUAAAAUAUAAAAAGGACAAUUCUAUGUAUAUAAGGUUACAUAACAUUUUCAAAAUCAGCAACAUUUUAAUUAAUUUAAUUAAUUUAGAAUUCUCCUGCAGAGGGGUUUUCUCUCUUCUCUCUAAUGUGUUAAUUUAUUUAAUCAUUUAUUUACAACAGCACAGAUUAAUAUUUAUUUUAUAUUUUGGAAUACGAUAUAGUAGUAUUUUACUUUGUUCCUUAAAUUGUUCAAGAUUUGGCCAUUGGGAGCUGUUUUAUUGGUUUUUGUACCCCUCUAAAAUUACCCCAUCAAUGCUUUUGUUUGUUUUCUAUUUAUCACAUCCUUAUUUUCCAGCACUCCAAGAUGCUCUAGGCCCUUUCUGUGUAUUUCCUUUCCAGAUCUAGAAACUGUAUUUCUUCAUCAAUAUUGCUAGAUUGUUUUUUCUUUAAAAGUGUUAGAUUUGUUUUAUUAAUCAUCUUUUUAAAAAAACAUAUUGUCCCUUUUACUUCUAUUUUUAUUUUAAUGUUUAAUUUUUUGUUUUGGUUUUGUUUUACUAAUUGCUUGACUUCAACAUAAAAAAUAAGUUUUAGAAUGUGGUUAUUAAUUUUCAAGUAAAUAUGAUUGGAUUCAGGUUUUUUAUUUUUAACCUUCAAUAUUAUUUCACUGAGGUCCAGAUGUGCUCAAUUUAGUGACCUAUUAAAUUUUAAUUGACAUUUAUUUUGUAGUCUUGUAUUGGGAAAUUCUUGUGAGUGUUUUCUACGUAUUUUUCGUUGUUGCAGGUUAUAUGAUCAAAAUUGUUGUUUGUUGUGCAAACUAUUAUAGCAUUACCAGUUUUGUUCUCUGCACUAUUGAUUUCUGAGAAAACGGUGUUACGGGGAAAAAGAAACUUCCAUCAUCAGUGCAGAUUUUUCAGUUUUACCUUAUAACUCUCAGUCUUGGCUAUGUGUCACUGUUAUGUGUUUAGGUGCGUUAAGUUCAUCACUGUAAUGUUUUCCUAGUGAAUUUUCUUUUCAAUAACUAUAAAAUGUGCUCCUUUGAUCCUAUCGAUACACUGGAUAUUAAUAUUGCUACCCUAGGUUCUUUUGUUUAAUAUUUGUCUGGAUUGCCUGUUCCCAUAAAUUGACCUUUAAUCAGUUAGCUUUGUUCUUAAGAGUGGUUUAAAAUGUAGAAUAAUAGGGAGGGGCAUGGGAGGGUGGGACGUCUAAUGUAAAUCCAGCCCAGUGAUUACAUUAGCUGGGCGCUGAUUAGGUUAGGAUGUUGCCCAGGUACAAGGCCAGGAUCUUCGGGACCUGGCUUCAUUUGGAGUUCAGCUACCAAAAGGAAACCUUCCUCUGGGUCCUGGAGUAUUUGGCCUGAAAUCGGGAAUUUGGAAGUUGCUGCUCCAGGGCGCUCCCUGCGGAGCUCGGCCGCCCGCCUCUCCGCCCGGCCUUUCCCGGCGUCCCCACGCGGGGCGCAACCGCGAGAAAGGAACGCAGGUCGCACCGUCAGCGCCCAGAGCAGCGCCAGUUUCCGGGCCCGGGCUGCUCUCGGAGCCAUGAGCUGCGGCCGCCCCCCUCCCGACGUGGACGGCAUGAUCACCCUCAAGGUGGACAACCUGACCUACCGCACCUCUCCCGACAGCUUGAGGCGCGUGUUCGAGAAGUACGGGCGCGUGGGCGACGUGUACAUCCCGCGGGAGCCCCACACCAAGGCGCCCCGGGGCUUCGCCUUCGUCCGCUUUCACGACCGGCGCGACGCCCAAGACGCCGAGGCCGCCAUGGACGGGGCGGAGCUGGACGGACGCGAGCUGCGGGUGCAGGUGGCGCGCUAUGGCCGCCGGGACCUGCCCCGCAGCCGCCAGGGAGAGCCACGCGGCAGGUCCGGAGGCGGCCGCUACGGACGGCGGAGCCGCAGCUACGGGCGGCGGAGCCGCAGCCCCAGGGGGCGACACCGCAGCCGAUCCCGGGGUCCCAGCUGCUCCAGGUCCCGCAGCCGAUCUCGCUAUAGGGGUUCUCGCUAUAGCCGGUCUCCCUACAGCCGAUCUCCUUACAGCCGGUCGCACUACAGCCGCUCUCCCUACAGCAGAUCUCGCUACAGGGAAUCUCGCUACGGCGGAUCUCACUACAGCUCAUCUGGUUACAGUAACUCUCGCUACAGCCGAUAUCACAGCAGCCGGUCUCACUCGAAGUCUGGGUCCUCCACUAGCUCUCGCUCUGCAUCAACCUCCAAAUCGAGCUCUGCGCGACGAUCCAAGUCCUCCUCGGUCUCCAGGUCUCGCUCACGGUCCAGGUCUUCAUCUAUGACCAGGAGUCCUCCCCGGGUAUCCAAGAGGAAAUCCAAGUCCAGGUCGCGAUCCAAGAGGCCUCCCAAGUCUCCUGAACAGGAAGGACAGAUGUCCUCUUAAGAAAAUGAUGCAUCAGGAAGCAACGUGAUGGAGGACUUGGGGAAAAGGAUCACAUACUCAGUAUAUGGAAGCAACGUCCCUGGAAGAAGAGGCUGCCUAUUGAAAAGGUUGUGUCACACUUUUCUACCUUUUUACCAGUUUGAAGCUUUGCAUCAGGUGACAAAAUUCAUUCUAUGUGCCGUUUUGUUGUUAUUCACAUUUUCUUGUAACUUAGGUGAACGACCUAAGAUUACAUUGUUGGGUUUGGAUAUUUGAGGCAAAAAUUUAUUUUUAUUUCUAUAGUGAUGACUGUUUUGGUUUGAAAUGAACAGAUUGGUAACCUAAUUCGUGGCCUCCUGACUUAAGGAAACGUGUGCAGCCAUUACACACAGCCUAACGCUGUCAAGACAUUGCUUCAACAUUGCCUUCAUUCCUUAAAAACCUACAAAAGGUGGUGUAAAUUAAUAUGGAUAAUUUUAUUUACCUCCAGGUUUAAAAGGCCCGGCUGCGUAGCAGUUGAGUGAUGCUGGUUAGCUAUUAAGGUGGCCUGUUGCAGUGCAGAGUGCUGAGCUGCUUCCUGUUUUCUUCUGAUUGCUCCUGGGGAAAACACGCCUUGUCCUGAAGAACAAAUGGGUGUCCAGUUUAUUAAAAUGCCUGUCAACUGCACUUCCAAUCACCCAGGCCUUGCAGAUAAAUAAUGGAGCAUGCAGUGAGCACAUCUAGCUGAUGAUAAUCACACCUUUUCCCCCGUCUUUUCUGAAAAAUUGUAAAUCUGAUCAUAUCAACAUGUAUGAACUUAAAAUAUGGAGAAUGUUAUGGAAGAAAUAGUUUAUAAGUUUGUUAAGUACUUAUAACAUGGUGUAUCUUUUUGAUUAUUAAUUUUUUACACUAACCAUUGUUUCUGUAGUUAAAAUUGUUUUCUUGGUGUUAUCUUUUCUCAAAAUAAAAUUAGAAACUUUUGAUGGAAAGUAGGUUGUUUUAUUUUCUGUAUGACUUUUGGAUAUUUGUACUUUUGAGAAAAUUAUUAGUACCAAGUGUUUCUCAAAAUAUAAUUUUUUAAAAAUCCUUAAUAGGCUUUUAGCUAUGUGCUUUGUUUUAUCACAAUGCAGCUUAUUUGUAGUUUCUCUUUUUUCCUCAUACCUAUGGUUUUUUUACUUCUAAAAUUAUUUUCAAAUAAUCCAUUUUUGGCUUUCAUCAUUAUCCCUACUAGAUGUUAUGUGUUCUUUUAUAAUUGUUUCUGCUUAUACCUUUACUAGCAAAGGGAAAAAUAACAAUUUGGUGUCAAUGAUCUGGUGACAAUAGGAUUACACUGGAGCCAAUUGAAUAAAUUUAUUCUUUCAAUCAUAUGGGUCUCCAUUAAUAUUUUUGACUGAAUUAUCAAUUAAAAAUAUUUCAUUCCCUUUUUGCAGAAACUGCUAAAUCCAGAAUUCGAUUCUUGAAUGAACUGGCAAGGUGGCUCUGGUCUGUAGAUAUACAUCCCACAUUUUGUUGUUAUAACAAUUAGUUCAUAUAUAGACUCCAGAAUCUAAAUUUUAUGAUAAUGACAUUUCUUCUGGUCAUGACAAAUGUAAUAUUUUACAAAUAUAAAUCUACGUAGAAUCCAAAGACAAACCCAGAGCAGUCCUGUCUGAGAAAUAAAAAAUCAGGACACCCAUGGCAUCGUAGUAGCCACUCGCGUCCAGCAGGUGGCGAAGGGAGGUGAGCUAUAUUUAUUAAAUGGGACGGAGUGGGACGGGGACGGGGCAGCCCUAAGGGCAGGGGAGCACUGUCAAUCUCUGGAGGUAGAAUGAGACCCAGGCAUAGUUGGAGUUUGAAGCUUUGAAGCAAAAAUAUCUGUAGAACAUCUUAAACAUGUGACCAAAAUAUGAUGUUAAAAUCAGCAGCUCUUUAUACGUUAAAAACUUUGAAACCUGUGGCCGGGCAUGGUGGCUCGCGCCUGUAAUCCCAGCACUUUGGGAGGCCAAGGCAGGUGGAUCACAUGAGGUCAGGAGUUCAAGAGCAGCCUAACCAACAUGGUGAAACCCAGUCUCUAAUAAAAAUACAAAAAUUAGCCGGGCAUGGUGGCGCAUGCCUAUAAUCCCAGCUACUCGGAGGCUGAGGCAAGAUAAUCGCUUGAAACCGGGAGGCAGAGGUUGUGGUGAGCCGAGAUCACGCCAUUGCACUCCAGCCAGGACAACAAGAGCAAAACUCCAUCUCAAAAAAAAAAAAAAAAAAGAAAAGGAAACAAACCAACAACAACUUUGAAACCUAAGAACAAUUUUGGACCUGUUGGAGCAGAAAUGUGUAGUUGUCAUUGAAGGUGUGAACAUACCCUACCUCUACUCUACAUGUGGAAGACCUGACACACAGAGGACAUGAACCCAUGAAGAACAGUGAUGUGAUAUGUUUUACAUUUUAUUAGUACCAUGAUCUAACCAACUGAGCUAACUGGCCACACCAUUUUAUCCUUUAUAAUGAUCACUAUGAGGGCUGAGUGCAGAAUGGAGUGUAUGUGGUCAAGAGUGGAAGCUGUGAGCCUAUUGCAGUAAUCCAGAAAGAAAGGUGACAAUUGCUUAGACUUCGGUGGUAGUGUUGGAAAUGGACAUAUUCAGGAAAUAUAUUGAUCUUAGAUCUAAUAAGACACGUAAUAGAUUAGAAGUAGAGAAAUUAAUGAAAAAGCAGAAUUAAGGAUGACUUCUCACUGGCUUGAAAUGCUAAACGGAUGAGGGUGCUGUUUAGUGAGUUGGGGAAGACUGGGGGUGGUGAUGGGUGUAGAAAUUGAGAAAGGAAAAUCAAGAAUUUCCAGAACUUUCAGAGCCAUGUUACUUUCCUUGAUAGUGGGUCAGUCAUCAUUUAUAAGUGCAUUUCUAAAAAUAUUGCUUAAUUUUGUUUUUGAGCUUCGUAUAAGUGGAAUUUUUUGUGUACUGAUUAUUUUGCUCAAUAUUAUGUCUUUAAGAUUCUCUGUAUUGUUGCAUGUGGCUGAGUUUAUUUUUGAUGCUGUGUAGUGUUUUACUAAUGAAUAAAUCAUAAUUCAGUUUUUA